AUGGCCGGGGAAGCAUCUGAGCGACCACAUAGAAAAAGUACGCUGCAUGAGAAACGACGAGCAGAACGAAGAUCCAAAGCCAUUGUCGCAGAAUCCGAAGCACCUUCUGAGCCAAAUGGAUCCCAAACUUUAUCAAUUGAUUCCUUGACGAGAUUACAUGAUUCCCUGGAACGAGAGAAAAGGAGGGAGGAAAGGAGGAAAUCGAGAUCGCGACCUCCGGUCAAAGAGGACCUUGGGCAGUCGAGGGAACGAGGUUCACCCAGUAAAGAUAGAAGACGAAAGGACCGCGGAUAUGCGACUGAGGAUUCUAGCUCGCCGAAAAAAGACAGAAGGACGAGAGAACGCGACUACGAUGCAGUUCCCGGAUCGCCAAGUAAAGAAAGGAGGGGGGACCACGGGUUUACCGAUGAUGAAACUGGUUCGCCGAAUAAGGACAGAAAGAGACGAGAACGAAGAGUUACCGAUGAUGAAUCUGGAUACCCGAGUAAAGAUAAAAAGAACAGGGGGCGCGAGUAUUCCGACUACGAGACAGCGGCAGAAACGGCUUUACGUAUUCAAAAACAGAAAAGAAAGCAGAAUAGAAUUCCCGAGCCAAAACCAGAUGCUCCGCGCAAACAACGGAUUUUGAAGAUACCAAACACGUUCACAGAUGAUGAGACAGUAUAUGAGAAGCCUCGGAAAGAACCCAAAACAAAGAAGCGGAGGGUUGUCAGUGGAGCACUUUUGGAAGAAGGUGAAGGGGAGCUGAAGCAACGAAGGAUGUUUAGUGGUGCAGAGCUGAAAAACGAUCUAAGAAAGCUAAAAGGGUUGAGAGGUGGGUAUGCGCCGACGGAAUCAAGCAGCUAUCCUGAGAAGUAUAUUGAAAGUGAUGAAGAUUUCAGGAAGAGGCGGAAACGUAUUUGGAUUGGAAUUUGCAUUGGAAUAGUAAUUUUGAUAAUUAUAAUAGCAGUUGCUGUAAGCACCAGCAAAAAGCACACGUCGAGUUCCUCCUCAUCUACAGCCCCCGCAACAGAAAGUGGAACUCCUUCAAAUUCAAACCUUGAUGGGAUGUCAGAAAGUGAUAUUCCAGUUGCAGCCCAAGGAACAUACUUGGACCCAUUUACAUGGUACGAUACGCUGGAUUUUAACGUCACCUAUACGAACGAGACUGUUGGCGAUCUUCCGGUUAUGGGCUUGAAUAUCUCUUACAGCGAUGAUGUAGCAUCAAACUCCAACGUACCCAAGCUAUCUGCGAAGUGGGGAGCGUAUACUUCAAGACCAGCUAGAGGUGUCAAUUUGGGUGGGUGGCUUUCUAUCGAACCAUGGAUUACACCAUCUCUCUUCAAUUCUUACUCAUCGGCAGAUGGAAUUAUCGAUGAGUGGACACUGACCACUAAAUUGGGUGCCAGUGCCGCGGCAUCUACCCUCGAAAAGCAUUAUGCAACCUUCGUUUCCGAACAAACAUUCGCCGAUAUUGCUGCUGCUGGACUGGACCACGUUCGAAUACCUUACUCAUACUGGGCCGUGAUGACAUAUGACGAUGAUCCAUAUGUAUUUCGCACCUCGUGGCGUUACCUCCUCCGUGGUAUAGAAUGGGCUCGCAAGUAUGGUCUGCGCAUUAAUCUCGAUCUUCACGCUCUUCCUGGAUCCCAAAACGGUUGGAAUCACUCCGGUCGUCAAGGAUUGAUUGGUUGGUUGAAUGGUACUAAUGGCAAUCUGAAUGCCCAACGCAGCAUUGAAAUUCAUGAUCGACUUUCUAAGUUCUUUGCUCAGGACCGCUAUAAAAAUAUUCUUAGUUUCUAUGGCUUAGCCAACGAACCCAAAAUGAUAUCUCUGGACGUUACCACUGUUCUCAAUUGGACUUCCACAGUUACAGAUUUAGUUGUAAAGAAUGGCAUCUCAGCGUACGUCGUAAUCGGAGACGGGUUUCGCGGACUCGAAAACUGGCAGGGUGAUUUGACGACUUAUGACAAUCUAGUUCUGGAUGUUCACCAAUAUGUUAUCUUCAAUAGCGGGCAAAUCGUUUACAACCAUACGGAGAAAGUCACAUAUGCCUGUAGUGGUUGGACCCAACAAACUGAGAUAUCCAUGAACACCAGUACGGGAUUUGGACCCACGAUGGUUGCCGAAUGGUCCCAAGCCGAUACAGAUUGCGCAACCUAUCUCACGAAUGUCAAUCAAGGAACUAGAUGGGAAGGUACAUACAAUACCGGAGACUCGUCGACGGCGCAAACGUCGCCGGAUUGUCCGGAACAGGAUAGCACAUGUAGUUGUACGAAUGCAAAUGCAGACCCAAGUACUUAUAGUGAUACGUAUAAGAGCUUUUUAAAGAUGUUUGCGGAGGCGCAGAUGCAUAGUUUUGAGUUGGGUUGGGGCUGGUUUUAUUGGACAUGGUCUACGGAGACUAGUGAAGGGGGUGGUACACAAUGGAGCUAUCAAAGAGGAUUAGCAGCGGGAAUUCUCCCAAAACUAGCCUACGAACCGGACUUUAAAUGUUCAUCGACAGUCCCAAGUUUCAGUGCUUUACCUGAAUACUACUAG